GCUGACCACAGGUGCCAUCCGCCUGGAAAGAGGAAGCUACGCACUCUUCAGAGCCAACAUUAAAGCCAACAGGUGCAAAAAGAAACCAUGGCAACACCCACAGAGCUGCUGGGAACUUUGGAAUAUUUGGCAGAUGAAGAGUUUAAAAAGUUCAAAUGGUUCUUGCAGCAGGCUGAUGUUUUGGAAGGCUUCCCAGCUAUCCAAAGGAGCCAGCUGGAGAACGCAGACAGGUUGGACACAGUUGAUCAGAUCAUAGAUACCUACAACAAAAAUGCAGUGGAGGUGACCAUAUUGGUUUUGAAGAGAAUUAAAAAAAAUGGCUUGGUGCAGCAUUUAUUAAACAUCAACUCAACACCCAAAGAGACACUCUCUGAUUGCCAACGUAAACUAAAAUCCAACCUCAGAAGGAAGUUUCAGCUUCCACCUCAGCAAGCCACACAAUUUGGAAAGCAGAUAUGGAUGAAUGAGCUAAACAAUGACCUUCAUAUAAUGGAGGGGAUGUCUCGAAAUGUUGACAUGAAACAUGAUUUCAGCCAAACUGCAACAACAUCCAGCAAAACAGCCAAUCUGGAGCAGACUACCCAUAUAGAAGACAUCUUUAAACCUUGCCCUGGUCAAGAUGAAUCAGUCAGAACAUUAAUGACAAAUGGAGUGUCUGGUAUUGGGAAAACUAUCUUGACACAGAAGUUUGCUCGGGAUUGGGCUCAAGACAAAGUCGACAGCGAUAUCGAGUUCCUCUUUCCAUUCACUUUCCAAGAAUUGAAUUUACUUAAAGACAGAAAAUUCAGCUGGGUGGAACUUCUCCAUCACUUCUUUGCUGAUACCAAAGAAGUGGGAACCUUUGAUAAACUCCAGAUUGCAUUCAUAUUUGAUGGUCUGGAUGAGUUUCAACUUCCUCUUGACUUUCACAACAACGAGAUCCUGACAGACGUCAAUGAGUCAGCGUCAGUGGACGUGCUGCUAACAAACCUCAUCAUGGGGAAGUUGUUUCCUUCUGCUUGUCUCUGGAUAACCACAACACCUGAGGCAGCCAAACAAAUCCCUCCAGAGUACAUUCACAUGUUGACAGAGAUGAGAGGGUUCACGGAUGCAGAGAAAGAGGAGUACUUCAGGAGGAGAUUCAGACAUAAAGAGCUGGCCAGCAAAAUCAUCACCCAGAUCAGGGCCUCACAAAGCCUCCACACCAUGUGCCGCAUCCCCGUUUUCUGCUGGAUUACUGGAUCAGUUCUGGAGAGCAUGUUGAAAACCAGUGACAAACGGAAGCUUCCCAACACCCUUACUGAGAUGUACACACAAUUCCUGGUUGUUCAGUCCAAACAGGCAAAUGUCAAAUACCAUGAAGGAGCUGAAACAGAUCCACCUUGGACCACCAAGACCAGCAAGAUGAUAGUCGCAUUGGGAAAACUGGCUUUUGAGCAGUUUCAGAAAGGCAACUUAAUCUUCUGUGAAGCAGAUCUACUAGAUUGUGGCAUUAACAUCAGAGAAGCCUCAGAAUAUGCCGAAGUUUUCACACAGAUCUUUAAAAAAGAACGUGGGCUAAACCAGGACCAAAGUUUCUGCUUUGUCCAUUCAAGCUGUCAAGUGUUUAUGGCUGCUGUUUAUGUCUUCAUAUCAUUCAUCAACUAUGGUGUCAACCUUUUGUGGGAGGAAAAAUCAACAUCUCUUAUCACAGACAGAUCUGCAGUACAACAUCUCUACCAGAGUGCAAUCGACAAGGCUUUACAGAGUCCUGAUGAACACUUGAACUUGUUCCUUCGCUUCCUCAUGGGCCUCUCACUGCAGACCAAUCAAACACUCCUUCAAGACCUAUUGAAACAAUCAGGAAGUAGCCUACAAAGCAUUCAGGAAACAGUCCAGUACAUCAAAAUGAAGAUCAAGGAGAAUCCCUCUCCAGAGAGAUGCUUUAAUCUGUUUCACUGUCUGAAUGAGAUGAAGGAUGAUUCUCUAGUGGAGGAGAUUCAACAGUACCUGAGUUCAAGAAAUCUGUCCACACAAAAACUCUCUCCUACUCAAUGGUCAGAUCUGGUUUUCAUCCUACUAUGUUGUGAGUUGGACAUGUUUGACCUGAAGAAAUUCUCAGCUUCAGAGGAAAGUCUUCUGAGGUUGCUGCCAGUGGUUCAAGCCUCUAGGCUAUCUCUGUUAAGUGGCUGUAUGCUGUCUAAGAGAAGCUAUAAAGCUCUGGCUCCAGUUUUCAGUUCCUUGACCUCAAAUCUGAGAGAGCUGGACCUGAGUUACAACUGUUUUACAGGAGUCCAGGAGCUUGUAGGUGGUUUGAAGAAUCCACAAUGUAGACUGAAAACUCUGAAGCUGAUUGGCUGUGGUCUGUUAUCUUAUAACUGUGAAGAUUUAUCUUCAGCCCUCAGUUCCCAGUCCUCCAGCCUUACAGAGCUGGACUUGAGUAUCAAUUCACUGGGGGAUACAGGAGUGAUACAGCUCUCUGCUGGAUUGCAGAGUCCACACUGCAGACUUGAAACUCUCAGGUUGAUCACUUGUGGGCUGACGUGGAAAUGCUGUGAUGCUGUGGCCUUUUUUGUUAGUUCCCCAUCCUCCUGUCUGAGACAGCUUGAUCUGUGUAUGAAUAUCCUAGGGGAUUCUGGAGUGAUGGUGUUCAGUGCUGGACUGGAGAGUCCUCACUGUAAACUUGAAACGCUCAGAGUACGUGGUUGUUAUCUGUUAGAAAAAAGCUGUGAGGCUCUGGCCCCAGUCCUCUCUUCCCAAAACUCCAGCUUGAGAGAGCUGGACUUGAGUAACAACUAUUUGCAAGAUUCAGGGGUCAAGUUCCUCUCUACUGGACUAAGCAGUCCACAUUGUAACCUGGAAGCUCUCAGGCUGAGUGGCUGUAAGCUGUCAGAGAGAAGCUGUGAGGCUCUGUCCUCAGUUCUCAGCUCCCAGACCUCUAGUCUGGGAGAGCUGGACCUGAGUAACAACAACGUGCAGGAUUCAGGUGUGAAGCUUCUAUCUACUGGACUUGAGAGUACUAAAUGUACACUGGAGACCCUCAGGUUGUCAGGAUGUCAGGUCACAGAUAAAGGCUGUGGUUCUUUGGUCUCAGCUCUGAGGUCCAACCCCUCCCAUCUGAGAGAGCUGGACCUGAGCUACAAUCAUCCAGGAGACUCAGGAGUGAGCCUGCUUUCUGCUGGAAUGGAGAAUCCACAGUGGAGAUUGGACACUCUCAGAGUGGACCACGGUGGACAGCAGAGGUUAAAAGCUAAUCUGUGGAAGUAUGCGUGUGAGCUCACACUGGACCCAAACACAGCUCACAGAAAACUCAUCUUGUCUGAGAACAACAGACAGGUGAAAUUUGUGAGUGAAGAACAGCCAUAUCGGUAUCAUCCAGAGAGAUUUGAUUCCCUCCCACAGCUGCUCUGUAGUAAUGGUCUGACUGGUCGCUGUUACUGGGAAUUUCAGAUGAAUGCUCAAUUCUAUGUGGCAGUGGCUUACCGAGGAAUAACCAGAAGAGGAAAUGGUAAUGAGUGCAGGUUUGGUGGAAAUGACAAGUCUUGGAGUCUAUACUACUAUCAGAGGCAUUACUAUGCUUGGCAUAAUAACACAGAAACAACGAUAUGUACCUCUGAAGACAGCACCAAGAGAGUGGCGGUGUAUCUGGACUGGUCUGCUGGCACUGUGUCCUUUUACAGAGUCUCAUCUGACGCACUGAUUCACCUCUACACCUUCUACUCCCAAUUCACUGAACCCCUCUACCCUGGCUUUGGCUUUGAGAUUAGGCCAACACCUGGUCUGACAAUUUACCAUAUUGGUUCCACAGUGUCUCUGCAUCAGCUAGACGAGGAAUAGCUUCAGCUGGAAGUUGGAGCUGGGAAUAAUCUUACAAGAAAUAUGUCUUACAAAAGUGUGUAUCAUUCCAGUUUAGAAGUCAGAAAACCAGUUUUAGCCAGGUUAGCCACUGAUAGCAAUACCAGUUGAGAAAAAUGCAUUUUUCUGUAUUUUUCUCA